AUGACGACCGAUGAAGUUAUGUUUUACAAGUACCACAUCGUGGAAUCCAAGGGUUCCGGCUCUUUCGGAAAAGUUUUCUCUGCCCUGAACAAGAACACUGGCAAGAGGGUCGUCAUAAAGAACGUUCCGAUAUCCUACGACAAAGAGUGGGGCUACGACUUUCUCUUUACAAACAAGAUGUGCGAGAUUGACGUCAUCGAGCACCUAUGUGCGAGAGGAGUCGACGACGUACCUCGACUGUUGGACUACGGUUACUUUCGCUGGAACAAGGAGGAGAUUGGCUACAUGGUAAUGGAAGACACGGGUUCUAGAGACCUCUUUCAAUGUAUCCACGGUCCGAACAAGAUGUCUUUCGACGAGGCCGACAUUAUGCGAAUCUUUACCAGAAUCCUGCGCUGCGUCUACACUGCCGCCGCCUCGGCCGGAGUCUACCACGGAGACCUCAAGACGGGCAACGUGAUUGUCGAUGCGACCCUGCAAAACGUCCAGGUGAUCGACUGGGGCUCGGUGCAUCUCGUCGGCAAUAAGAAACCGAGGCACCGGACCUGCACUACGGAGUACUCGUCGCCCGAAUCGCUGGUCGCGGAAUCAAGUAUGGAAGGCUACGACCCAGAACUUCUCUUGGUGUGGAGUUUAGGCGCCGUACUGUACGAACUCGCGGUCGGAGUCAUGCUGCACGAAAAGAAGGACUUUAUCGACUAUUGCAAGAUUGGGCUUUAUUACGCGUGUACAACGAAUGUGUCGUCGUCGUCGUCGUCGUCGAGGGUCCCCUCCUUUCAGAGAAAACUCAAUGCAAAAUUAGACGCCACCGUGAAAUCUGUCAAAAUUAACCGCAUGUUGCGACGUAUGCUAAACGCAAAUCCUAACGAACGUUGCCGAUUGGAGGAAAUGUUUGAGUUCGUCGAAUAA